AUGGACGGCGGAGGCGGUGGUGCAACGAUCGGAAAAGUCCAGCUCGAACCAGUCGAAACUGCCGGCGGUUCUGGAGCUUUCCGGUCGGGAUUUUGGGUGGUUCAGGAUCGGGGCUUCACGACGAGGCGAACGGGACCGGUCUCGAAGGCUGGGGUGGUUGGAUGUGGCGGUGGGGUGGCUGUUUCCGUUCGGGUGAACAGUGACGAGGGAGAGAGUUCGCGGGAGAGAGAGAAGACGCACGGGAGAGAGAGAGAGAAAAGAGGAGAAGGAUUCAAACCCGAGGGGAGAUAUGGAACCAAUAGGGAGUUUUAUAGCAUUGCACCUGGGGAAAUUUUUUCAUGUGUUUCUAUAAAGAGGGCAUGGUUGAAUAAAACAUUGGAGGCGAGGCCAUAG